GGGAGGGUUUGGAAAAUCGGGGGAUUCUUUGGUACGAGGUGAUCGCGAAUCGCAGGCCGUUAAACUUCCCGUCCUUCUCUGGGGUUUUAUAUGUGCUCAUCUCGAACGACAUCUCUCUCCUCAGCGAGCGGAUUUCAGUGCAGAUCUGCAAAAGACCGUCUUCAAGGAAGUGACAUCUUAUUUGGCCAUCAACCAGAAAUGUCGGGAGAAGAAGGUUCUGUUGCAACUGAGACUACGGCUGCACCUCUGGGUGAAACCAUGGAUAUCAUGACUGCCUUGCAGCUUGUUUUGAGGAAGUCACUUGCUCAUAGUGGGCUUGCAAGAGGGCUCCACGAAGGUGCCAAGGUGAUUGAAAAGCAUGCUGCGCAGCUCUGUGUGUUAGCCGAGGAUUGUGACCAGCCAGAUUACUUUAAACUGGUGAAGGCUCUUUGUGCUGAUCACAAUGUCAAACUAAUGACAGUGCCUAGUGCUAAAAAUCUCGGGGAGUGGGCCGGCCUGUGUAAAAUUGACUCUGAAGGGAAAGCAAGAAAGGUGGUUGGUUGCUCCUGCGUCGUAGUGAAGGAUUUUGGAGAGCAGACAGAGGGUUACAAUGUUAUUCAGGAAUAUGUGAAGUCCCAUUAGGUUCAAAAAUAUUGGAAGAGUGAGGCCCUUUUCUUUUCACAUUUGAGGACUGUUUCUUAGGUAGCUCAGGCAUUUUCUUUCUUAAUGGUUUAUGAUACUUGAUGUAGUGAACAACGAGAUUAUCAGUUUGAGUUUUGCAGUUUUUAUGUCCAACUUUUGAGGGCUGUCUCAAGUUGUCUUUUUCAAUUGUCAGAAUUACCUAUAGGUGGCACGUACUCAUUCCAAAUUUCCAGAAUUACCUAUUCUAUAUCCUGCAGGUCAUGUAAUCAUCAGUUUUCUCAUGUCGGAUGUCCUCAAUGGAUUCCACUUUGACUUA